CAUUGACUUGAUACACCAGCGUUGAACUCGCAAAGUAGUUAGGUGCCAUGACGCGAGUGCCUGUGAUUGACUGGGACCAACUGAAGCGGCAGAAAGUCCACCCGUCCUUCAGCCUCCCCUCCUCCUACCACGCCGUCCGCGCGCACGUCCCGGCCUCCAGCAUCCAGGAGGUGUGUGAGAAACACCCCCACGAGGAGUUCAAGCACUUGUGCUAUCGAGAGGCUUUGGUGGUCCCAUUGCUUAAUCCGAAGAACACCAACCUGGACAAUCAGGUUUAUCGAGCACACGUGGAGCGCCCCAGACGUUGCUUGAACAACACCGGGAGCUUCACACUGGCAUCUGAGGACCAUGCAGCCCCAGCCGCCUCCGCCCCACCGGUCGCCGUGUCCCACGUUCCUGUUCCUUCUUCCAUGCCGCCCGCGGGACGGUCCGCACAGGUGGCCUUGGAUCACACAGCCGCCGUGGAGGCCCUCUUCGAGGCGGCCACACGCAGCUCACUCUCGAGCGGGUGGAGUGGACUCUCAUGGAGCUCCAGGCUGCCACAGGGUGGCGCUGGCGCAGUGCAUUUGAUGCCUCCAGACGUUGAAAGCGUGGCCACCACAGACUGCUUGGAGCAAGCGCUCUUGAAGCCGCAGGGCUCUCCCCGCCGAGGGCGGCUGCAGAGCUCAGCGGCCCGCACGCGCGCGCGGUUUCAGCAGCUGGCAGAGGCGGAGCUGAAGCUAAGAUCCAAACCGAGAGCCUGAAAGCAAGGUCCUCGAUGAGUUGUUGAUGAGUUUUACUCUAUAAAGAUGAAGUGCA